GAUAGUCUAAAUGCAUCCGAUCUUUGAGAAUGAAUGAAUGAAUUCGCGAGUGAUCUAUUAAAGAUGAUCUUUUGAAUGAUUUUUUAAAUUGAUCUCUAAAGAUUGAUAAUUUAACAAGAAAAUCCGACGGUGGUUAAAAAUAUUCAAAGUGUUACUCAACGAAAAUCGAAUUUCUCGAUUUCCUAAAGUGCAAUAAAGAAGAAAAACUAUUUCUUUAUAAAAACAAAAAACUCAUCAAAAUAUUCAUCUAGGACGUUUUAGAACGCGAAGAUCGUUUAAGUGAAGAUAGAAGAGUUUGCAAGAAAAGGAAACUGAAGCAACGAAUGCUUUCGUGAGAUUUAGUCAAAGAAGUAAGAAAAAGUAUGACGAGCCAUCCGGGAUAUGAUUACGAAGAUAGAGGUCAAAGAAUCCGCCAUCGUGUCGGUACUGCUUCGAGACCAGCCGAUUCCACCGUCGCUUGUAGCAGUUCUCAAUAUUACGUCGGUCCAAGUAGUGACAUCAGUGAAGAGGAUAUAGCAGAAUUACCUUCUUGCGUUUACGCGAGUAGAUCCUCUCAACACGUUGCACAUGCUUCCUCGCACACGCAUUCACCGUUGCACUAUCACAUGCCAGUUGCUACACCAGAUCACAAUGAUACUGACAUGAACGGAGUUGAAGAAGGUUACUAUCCAAAUGGCAGUCCGUACAGAAUUCAACGACAUGCCGCGAAUAUACGUGAAAGAAAACGUAUGCUUAGCAGCAUCAACUCGGCUUUCGACGAGCUUAGGGUUCAUGUACCAACAUUCCCGUACGAAAAGAGACUCUCGAAAAUUGAUACUCUUCGUUUGGCGAUAGCUUAUAUUGCUCUUCUUCGAGAAGUCCUAGCAGCAAGACUUGAUCCUUUGACUUAUGUUGAGAGGUGCCUUAGGGGUGAAAUCAAUGGUGAACGUGCCGAAUGGAACACUAGUGAUCUGACUGCACGUUUGUCAUGGAUUAAUUGGGAAAAUUUAGGAGUUAAUCCUAAUCGACGUUCAGUUCUAACAACUCUCGCAUUAACUACAGACAAUAUGAAUUAAAAUAAGCAACUAUACAAAAUUGACAAAAAAACAAAAAAAGAGAGAAACACAGAGAGAUCCUUGCUUUUCUUCUUUGUAAAUACUAUUUUCAAAUCUUUAAGCCGAGAUAUAGUGCCAAAAAGACAUUUAUUCUAUUUUAAUUUAUAAUUUACGUGCAAUAAGAUCGACGUUACUGUAUCAUCGUCUCUCCUCGUCAUGUAUUACAUUACAUGUGUGUGUGUAUGGCAGUAAUGAAUUUAAGAGCAUUAACUAGUAUAUAUGAUAGUUUAGUAUUUUUUGGGGGAAAUAAAAUUGAUAUU